AUGUGUAACAAACGUCAAAGGCAUCGUACAGCAAUUUGUUGUUUUCUUUUGAGCAGUAUUGCAUUUUUUAAAGAUCCAAAAGAUGAAUUUUGUUCAGCAAAAUAAUCACGUUCUUUACCUUUGGGGCGGUGCAGUUGGGCCCGAAAUCGAGAAAGAAGUGAACGAAAUCAAAUCCAUUCCAAACGUGCAGGUCAAUGUGGAAAAUGUUGAGCGUCUUCAGCUUGCCGAAUACGGAAAAUCAAAAUUUGAUGUAAUUUUGGCAAAAGUUUCGACAGCCAACACAACUCUUGUUACGUUGCUGGUGAAGUUGCUGAAGCCGAAAGGAAAAGUUGUGUUCAGGGAUGAUUCAGCUGAAAGCAUUGAGCAGGCACGUUCUAAUCUGUUGCUGUCGGGAUUUAUCAACAUUGUGGCAUCGGACAAUAAUGUGUACGUCGGUGAAAAACCAGAUUACGAAGUGGGUUCAAAAUCGAAACUGUCGUUUACCAACAAAUCGAAAGUAGCUGCCGUAUGGAAGCUGGACGAUAAUGAUGAGGAAGAACGCAUUGAUGACGAAGAACUCCUGGAUGAGGAUGAUAAAGCCAAACCAUCAGCCGAAUCUCUGCGAGUUUGUGGAACGACCGGCAAGAGAAAGGCGUGCAAAGAUUGCUCCUGUGGGCUAGCAGAAGAACUGGAUGCGGAGGCAACAGGCAACACACUUGUCAACACUACAACGAAAUCUUCUUGCGGAAGUUGCUACUUGGGAGAUGCUUUCCGUUGUGCCACAUGUCCUUACUUGGGCAUGCCGGCAUUCAAGCCAGGCGAGAAAAUCUUGCUCACCGAUACGCAAAUGCAGGCAGACAUUUGAAAGUCGGUCGUAAAAAGUUAUAAUAUUAUGAUGUAGCUGUAGUGGAAUGUGAUCAUAUUCGCGAGUGAUAUGAUAAGAGAAUAUAAUCGGCUAUUGCUAACUAUUGAAAUAGGAAGCAUUGUUUAUUAACGAAA